UUUCACUCCGGUGUCCGGACCGGACAGACGCCUUGGCCCAGUGAUUCAACACAUGGCGGCAGGCUAGCCGCCAUGAACCAAGAAAGCGACCACCACCAAACACUCACGAUGCUUUAAAAUAACAGCCUUACUUCAUUUCUUUCGAAAUUAAUAUUCUACCUCGUGCCAUAUUCAGAGCUACCAGCUUGCUGUCGAUCCCUGUCAGGGGGAGAGGUGCAUUGCAACCCACUUCGGUUUAAUAUCGCUGUCAAGUGAGUCUCAAUAUGGGUGUUCUGGGUUUCCAAGAAUACAUUGAAAAACAUUGCCCCAGCGCUGUGGUGCCGGUUGAGCUCCAGAAGCUUGCCCGGGGAAGUAUGGUUGGAGGUGGCCGGCAGAGAUCAACUCAGAGUCCACUGAGACUGCUAGUGGACGCCGAGAACUGCCUCCACCGGCUCUACGGAGGCUUCUACACCGACUGGGUAAGCGGAGGACAGUGGAACCACAUGCUGGUCUACCUGGCUGCACUCUCCAAGGCCUGCUUCAACGGCAACAUAAAGCUCAUGGUGUGCUUCAAUGGCGCCCUGGAGAAAGGCCGUCUUCACGAGUGGGUCAAGCGGCAGGUGAACGAGAGGCAGACCGCCCAGCAGAUAAUCAGCCACGUCCAGAACAAGGGCACUCCACCGCCCAAAGUCUGGUUCCUUCCUCCCGUGUGCAUGGCCCACUGCAUCCGACUGGCGCUCCUCAGGUUCCACGUCGGGGUUGUCCAGAGCAUCGAGGACCACCACCUGGAAGUGAUAGCCUUAUGCAGGGAGAACGGCUUCCACGGCCUGGUGGCCUACGACUCUGACUACGCUCUGUGCAACAUCCCAUACUACUUCAGCGCCCACGCCCUCAAACUGAGCCGCAACGGCAAAAGCCUCACCACCAGCCAGUACCUGAUGCAUGAAGUGGCUCGGCAGCUCCAUCUCAACCCAAAUCGAUUUGUCAUUUUUGCGUCACUUUUAGGAAAUCACAUACUGCCUGAUGAAGACUUGGCUGCCUUUCACUGGAGCUUACUUGGUCCACAGCAUCCAUUAGCAUCUUUAAAGGUGCGUGCCCACCAGCUUGUGCUCCCACCCUGUGAUGUCGUAAUCAAGGCUGUGGCCGACUACGUCUGCAACAUCCCAGACAUCGCCGACCUGGAGGCUGUUGCCAAGGACAUCUUCAAGCACUCACAGACAUGCACUGAUGACAAGGAAAUCCUCUUCAAGAAGGCAGUGGAGUACUACUCAGUGGCCAGCCAGCCCUAUCAUUUCCCACGACAGUCAGUAAGACCAACACCAAUGGGAGUGGGUUCUGCAGUGCCGUUUCCAAAAGCGCUCCAUAUUCCACAGGUGCUGCCUGUAAAACAGGAGGUCCAGCUCUCAUACCCCGGGCCUCUGGUGGAGUGCGGCCUGGAGAAGAGCAGCUUCAGCAACAUUCCUAAUGAGGCAGAGCACACGCCGCUGUAUGAGAGGUCCUCUUCCAUCAACCCCGAACACACACAGGCUGCUCUCUGCAACGCUGAGGAUGAAGAGAACUCUGGCACAACUUCCAAUCAUGUGAGUGAGCAUCAGGGAGGAUCAUGGGAGAAAAACGUACAUACUCCACAUUCUGAAAACACACCAGUGGAAGACCUAGGGGACCAAACAAAAGCUGAGCUGUGUGGGAGCAUCCCUUGCCUGCUCUCUAUGCCCACCAGGAAGCACAUGGACAUCACUAUCCCACCGCUGCCCACCGUGGCCCCCGAGGUCCUGCGGGUGGCCGAGCACAGACACAAGAAGGGCCUAAUGUACCCGUACAUCUACCAUGCUCUCACCAAGGGCGAGAUAAAGCUGUCUGUCACCAUUGAAGAUGAAGCCAACAAAGAGCUGCCUGCAGCAGUGCAACUGUUUCGGCCAAUCCGACAAUACGUUUACGGCGUGCUCUUCAGCCUGUCAGAUGCCAGGAAGAAGGCUGAGAGACUCGCCAUGAGGAAGAACUGCCUCCCUGAACAUACACAUGUCAUGGUCAAAGAGUGGGCCGCCUACAAAGGCAAGACUCCCCACACUCCAGAGCUGGUGGAGGCUUUGCCCUUCAGGGAGUGGACCUGUCCCAACCUGAAGAAGCUGUGGCUGGGGAAGGCCGUGGAGGACAAGAACCGCAGGAUGAGAGCCUUCCUGGCCUGCAUGCGCUCGGACACUCCAGCCAUGCUUGACCCUGGCAGUGUCCCUACACCCCUCCUGGUCCUUUGCUGUGUGCUGCGGUUUAUGUUACAUUGGCCAGGAGUAAGAAUUUUGCGUCGUAAUGAACUUGACGCUUUCCUAGCCCAAGCACUUUCUCCUAAACUUUAUGAGCCUGACCAGCUGCAGGAACUGAAGAUGGACAACCUGGACCCUCGCGGAGUCCAGUUGGCUGCUCUGUUUAUGAGCGGCGUGGACAUGGCUCUGUUUGCCAACGACGCGUGUGGGCAGCCAAUCCCCUGGGAGCACUGCUGUCCCUGGAUGUACUUUGACGGAAAGCUGCUUCAGAGUAAACUCAUCAGGGCCAACAGGGAGAAGGCCCGGCUUAUUGACCUCUGUGAUGGUCAGGCUGAGCUGGUGGCCAAGGUGGAGGUGAUGCGUCGGAGCAUCCUGGAAGGUCUCAACUUCCCUCGGCCGCCCCUUCCUCCUCCGUUUCCCCCCGCUCCACCCCCUCAUGGGAUGCCUUUCUACCCCCUGACUGGCUCGUACUACCCCCCACCCCCUAUGAUGCCUCCUGGGCGAGGCAGAGGGAUGCCUGGACUGCAGCGAAUGUCGUCCCAGGGUGGGAAGCUGGAGAUAGCUGGCACCGUGGUGGGCCAGUGGGCAGGAACCCGACGCGGCCGAGGGAGAGGAGGCUUCCUUGCUCAGGUGGUGUCUGUGGGUGGACCAGAUAGAGGCCGUCCCAGAGGUGUGAUUUCCACGCCCGUCACUAGGACGUUUGGUCAGGGUGGCAGGUACCACGCUCGAGCCUUCAAGAGUCAGCUAGCCUAUCUGAGUAAGCCUGCUCACAAGUCUGGACAUGGUGCAGUUAAGGAGAGAAAGAAGCCCAAUGCAGAGGAGAGGAAAUCCAGUGCACCGCGCGACGGCUCCACCACGGAGAACAAGGAGCCCGAGCGGCUGAAUGGAGCCGAGGAGGAACACAGGGCUCUCAUCCAGCCUGAAAGUGCCUUUAGCAGUGACUCCAAGACGUACAAUUUUAAUUCUCACUUAAAUGCACUACAUGUAGACAGUGGCUGCCAUAGAUAGAUGAACGUCUGGAGGCGCUGUCUUAGAAAAAAAGAGUGAGCCUAUUUUUCUAAAUUGGGUCAAGGAUGAAAGAUGGAACAGGGUUAAGAUAUCUGGAAACUUGAGUCUACAGUCAAUGCACAUUUCUCCUAUGAGCUAGAGGAAAGAGAUGAAAUGUGAAUUCCUCUCAGUAAACACCAGAUGUUAGUUUAGGGGUGUUCACGCCCUCGCCACGAUUUCUACAUGUCUAUAAGCACGAGACUUUUCUUUCAUUAGAACAUUAAAGCUCCAACAAGCUUUCAUCUGGUAAUAUUUUAGUUCUUAUGGUUGAUGCAUCACCGUUGGUUUUUUUUUUUUGUUUGUUAACUGCUAAAUGAAAACCCAAAACAUAUAUUGAUGGGAAACUGUGCAACACAAUGACGCCAUAGUCACCACUUUGGGUACCAGAUGGUAUUGAAGCAACUCUGUCCAUGCCAUUUCAUUAAGCUGUAAGGGACAUGUUCUCUCUCGCCUUGGUUUCUGGAGUCAGAUGAGCAGCUGUAGUAUUACAGUUUAAACAAAAACCUUGUGCAUGGUUCCCAGUUUCAGAGGUGUGUAGUUAUUAUGCAUGUUUCUUCAAUCUUUUACACGUCCUGUGGCCUUUAAUGACAAACUGCUGAUAUCAGUGAUGGCCCCCUAAAACGGGUUAACAGUUAGUAGAACAUUUGUUCUGACCCAGAUUCUUUUGGAGACCUCUGUUGAAUUAGUAUAUCCACAAACUAUUGUUCUCUGUUGCUGUUUUCUUCGUUAAUCACAUAUCUAAAAGAAAUCACAUAAAAAGCUUGGAUGGAAAUCCCCUCUUUGUAGCUGAAAGCACCUUGCUCCACUUAGCGUUCAUUCAUUGCUUUAGCUGUCAGCCAGUCAUGAAUUGUAAGAUUGUUUUCACACUCAUACUAUUACACUACAAGCAUCUUUUAAUAUUUGACUCCAUUCUCCUUUUCAGCUUUUCAUAUUUAAGUAAUGAUCAGUCCCUGCCUGAGCUGCAUAUAUAGCUUACCUUUUUAUGAGAGCUGAUCAUUUUCUUCCCAACUCGUGGAUUGUAAAAGAAUGAACUGCCAUUGGCUUUGAUUGAAUAUUAAUGGAUUGUGGCAUGGUGUAUUUGAAGGCUACUUGGCUACAAUGCUUAAUAAAACUAUAUUCUUUUAGUAC